UUUUGAAUUUGAAAUUUCCAAAUACAAGUAGUCCAUGGACUCCAGAAAACCAUCUGUCAAAGUCCAGUUGCCUGGCCCCAGACCUUUCCGGCUCAGUUACAUAUUUGUUCGCAACCAGAACGCAUAUACUUGUAUUUUGCCAUAUUAUAUAAAAUCAUUGUACUAUGGCCAAGGCUAAAGUGAGUCGGUGGAUGGGCCACCUCCGUGACAUGGGGAGAGUGCUGCGCUUGAACUUCUCCUCCAUAGGUAAAGCCAGAUGGUCCCUGUCCUGGAUUGAGACCGCCAAGAAGAGUUUACCCACUAUGUCGGCCAAAGGGAGCCCGUCCGAGGGCAAUGAAGGGCCAACACCCAUGAAAUCGAAGUGCGAUGAUCCGAACGUUGGCUUGAAUGGUAUACGUGAUCUCCAGCUGAACGAACCUUCGAUUGCGAAAAUCGAAGACAAAAUGACGGCGCGACCCCAAAAUGGAUUCAUAAGCCGCGCCCUGUACUACCGCAGGUUCUACAUCAAACGUUGAAGGACGCAGUGAAGAAUCCCGAAAAUCAAAAUUGAGAUCAAAAUUGUUGGCGUAAUGGCGAAUUUUACAAAUGGGACUCGAGCACUUUGAUUAACCGAGGAGUUUCUAAGCCGGUUAGGUGCGCAAGUCUUCCCAUUUCUACAUUACGAACAUUUCUAAAUUCACUACGGCAGAUCUGUAGCAUUAAUUUGCGACGCCCGUAGUAAUCUAAAAUCAACUGAAAUUUUCAGAUUAAUAAACGUUUAUAAUUUUUUAUUAUUAGGCCAA